CCACCAAACCCAUUCUCACUCACCACCGUUUUUUUUUUUGGGUUCAAUUUCUCUCUCUAGGGUGUUUCUCUAUCUAGAAUCUCCGGCCAGCUGCUCCGCCGUCGUCCAUGGCGUCCGCGCGUGAGGGCCACUACAGGGGGGUGAGGAAGCGGCCGUGGGGGCGCUACGCCGCCGAGAUACGCGACCCGUGGAAGAAGACGCGGGUGUGGUUGGGGACGUUCGACACGCCGGAGGAGGCCGCCCUGGCCUACGACGGCGCCGCCAGGUCCCUCCGCGGCGCCAAGGCGAAGACGAACUUUCCGGCGCCGCCGCCCGGGCUGUCACUGGAUCUCAACCUGCCGUCCGACCACCGCUGGAUUUCCCCGUCCGGUAGGGUAAUGAUCCACGACUUCCUCCACAGCGGAGUUCUCCGGGACGCGAAUGCUCCGAACAAUGGCGGAGCGCUGCCGCCCGCCGCCGCGACUCCCGCCGGCGACACCAAUGCUCCGCCGAAGUAUUUUGGAAUGGUCAGACGUGGCUUGGCCAUAGACCUGAACGAGCCGCCGCCUCUGUGGAUGUAGCCGUUACUAAUUUUUUUUGGAUUAGGUCCUCGAUGUUCUAAGCAUUUACUAUUAACUGCUUUUUAAUUAAAAUUUCAACGGCGGAGAUCUCAUCGUCUUGGCCCGAAUCAGAUCGGAUUCAGAUUUGUCGUCCUUUGUAAAUAUCACCGAAUGAGACUCAAUUAUCCAAUUUUUAUUCCUUAUCCUCCAA